UCUCAGUUAAUCUUGGCAAUCUAGCUUUCGGGAGUUGUCGUCUGGUAUACUUAUAUUACAACAAGGACUAGAAAAAUGGCUGGUGGUAAAGCUGGUAAAGAUAGUGGAAAAGCCAAGGCGAAAGCAGUAUCACGAUCGGCUCGUGCUGGAUUACAGUUUCCAGUAGGUAGGAUUCAUAGACAUUUAAAAAAUAGAACAACCAGUCAUGGACGUGUAGGAGCCACAGCUGCUGUCUAUUCAGCUGCCAUUCUGGAAUAUCUAACUGCUGAAGUGCUUGAAUUGGCAGGAAAUGCCAGUAAGGAUUUAAAAGUGAAGAGAAUCACACCUAGACAUUUGCAAUUGGCCAUCAGAGGAGACGAAGAAUUGGAUAGCUUGAUAAAGGCAACAAUUGCAGGUGGAGGUGUCAUCCCCCACAUCCAUAAAUCCCUGAUCGGAAAGAAAGGGGCACACUCCCAGCCGGCUUAAAUAAAACAAAAAAAAAAUGUAUUUAAUACACUUAGUAAUAUUAUCAAGACUUGAAAAUGUGUCUAAUGAUGUGUUUUAAUAUUAUUGGGCACGUGUUCACAGAAUGAAUGCAAGGCAAUGCAAUAUC